AUGGUACCACAAACCACGCAAAUAGUGAUAACAGACAUACAAAAUAAGGAGGUGGAACCUGCUGCCGUGCCGGAGCAGAAGGGUAACAUCAAGAAAGAAAGUCUCCCUUCUUUGGAGAGGAAGAAGUCAAUAUAUCUCCAGAUCGCAGCUGUGACAAGUAAAACUGAGGAAAACACCUGUGCUAGUAGUGAUUCACAGUCAGAGCACGACUCAGACAGCGAUCUUUUCAAUACAGAUGGCAAAGAAAAAUCUUUCAUGGCGUGGAUGCAAGAUCAGAAAAGCGACAAGGACAAAAUCGCUCUGGCGCGAAUUCAGUUCAAACGAGUAGAUCCUCUUGUACGAAGAAGAAAUGAAUUCCGUCAGUGGUUAGCAGAUCGAAAGGAAAAGAGAGAACGAAGUGAACAAAAAUAUUCCCAUUUAUUAGAUUCGGACGGUCUUGGUACCAUGAGUCAGUUGCUCGUGCCACAGAACCUGGGUAGUAGCAACGGUAUGUCUUCCCUGUCACCUGGUGUCAGACAGUUGCCAUCUUUUCACAGUGUCGGCAAAAUGGUUGGUAAUAUGACAAAAGCGAAAAAGCGCCCAAUUAAAGAUAGAAUGAGUGAAUUUUGUAAAAAGUGUGAAGAUUUGAAAUUGGAAAACGCAAAUUUUGAACUGACGGACGCUCAGAGAAAAAGAAAGUGGAAAAUAAUGACAAGAGGGGUGCGCGCCGCAUUGGCAGACUCCAGUGACGAUGAUGAGGACAUUUAA